GUCUAUGGAAAUAUUUGAAAACGUUUUGUAUUCUGUUAAAUAUACAGUUAUGUGUGAAGGAUUCUAGAUUUUUCUCAGAAAGUGUUAGCAGUAGUAAAGCUUUUUAACAUGACAAUGUAUAUGGACAGCAUGUAAGGUAAAAAUACGUUUAGUAUAUUUUUGACAGUGGAAGAAAGUGAAAUCUAAUCUUUUAUCUCCAGACCAAACUAAUCGCACUGAGCCGGAGGAGUCUCAGGCUUAUGAGCUAAUCAUCGAACACUGGGCAAAAAUGGCGGAUGACAAGGAUCCCCUGAAACAGCUGAAAGAUUUAACGCAGCUUAAAAACCAGCUGGAGGAGAUUCAAAGGAAAGUAGAAAACGAGAUUUCUGUAGGAAUACCUCAGGGAGGCUCUGUGUUGGGAUCUCCUUUUCUGAAGGGCUUUCUGGCUGGUUAUGUGGUUGCAAAACUACGCUCCUCUGCCGUCCUGGGAGUGCUGCUGGGAACACUCACUGGAAUAUACGCAGCACAGAACUAUCAAGUGCCCAACAUUGAAAGGACGGUAAAAGAUUAUCUCAAUAACAUGAAAAAAGGACCAAAAUAACGUGGGCUGACUACAAGCACCCAUGGCCUUUUACCAUUGACGUAAAAGUUCUAAGAGAUAAAAAUAUGGGUACAACUACUGGCUUGUGACAGACCAUCCUUCAAGAUCUUGUUUUAAUGGAUACAAUGCUAUAACUGGAUUUUCAUUUGGGACUCAAAGACUGCCUUUCUUUUCUAUUUCUUGUUUUGCAUUUUUUCAAUUUCACGUUAAUUAUAGAGGUUUAUUUUUCAUUCAACUUAUCAAAAGUUGUUGCCAGGAGCAGCUAUACGAAUUCUCAUUUGCAAGGGCAGACAGUGUUUCCUUCACAGGGUCCAAAAUUAACUCUGCCAAUCUCAUCUGCUAGUGGCAGGUAAAGUAAGAAAGUUCAUCAGCCAAAAAUAGUUUUUAUUUGCUGAAAUUGCAACGUGCAAGUUACAAAUUCCUCUUUAGCAUCACUAAAGAUGUGUAGAGAAGAUCAGAUUUUUUAAUUGUAUUAUUUACCUUGUUCUUUUUCAUAAUCCGGGGUGUUUUUGAUUAUUGUUGUACCUGGAUAUGACAGAAAGGAUCAAGUAGUAGUAAGCUGCUCUGAAAGUGUGCUCACAUUUGGGACUCGGCCUGUGUUAAUUUUGGAUCCUGUUCCCACAGUUUCAUUGUCCAACUCAAAAUAAUGUACACAGAGUUACAGAGAGAAUGGUGUAUCAAAGUAUUUUAUUACAAAUAUUUAACUGGUUGAGAUUUAUAUCUAUUCAUUGAAAAGUUGACUGAA